AUGGCGCAAGCUUUGGAUCAUCGCGUCUACCUCCCUCCUCUAGAGGAGUGCCUGAAGGGGGAGAGAGACAUUUUAUCAUGGAAAUUAGUCGCAACUGCUCUUUCUGACCCGACAGGCGUGCGCCAGACGACCGAUGCCGUACGCGAAUUCCUUAAAGAUACCUACGUCCAGGACCUGAUAAAGAAUCCUGCGAAAACAUUUACAUUCGAAGAUGAUGCCGCGAGUGCCGAGUUCGAAACGAGGACCUCGGCAAUCCAUGUCACGCCGAAAUCGAACGGUAGCUACGAUAUAAAAACGAUCAAGGAGGAUGCUCAGUGGUUAAGCAAGAACGCGAGAAUUAACCUCCUUGCCGCGCUUCGAAUCGUCGCGAUCGAGCUCCAGGCUCGUCCCGCAUACCACCUCGCAGGCCCUUUGUCCCUCCAAGACUCCCUCAACCUUCAAGAUGCGGCUGGCGGCAACGAGGUCCAGUCGUCCACUGUCGUAGCUAGGGUAGCUACGACAGGGUCUGUUGACGCCGACGCUCUCUGGGAUGAGUUUCAAAAGCAAGAAUCCAGGAGAGCCAGGAUCUACGUAACAUAUCUCUAUGAGAAGAGAUUCUUCUUGAUGGUAGCCAGCUAUCUUCACUCGAUCAUUUUCUACGAGAGACUUCCGAUCGCCACAGAAAUCCCUCUUCUCAACCUCAACGAGCUAUAUGGCUUGCCACGCCCCAUGUCAGGAGCGGAUGAUGCGAACGGACGGCGUGGAUUCGUCGAAAAGACUGUUACCACCUACCUCGAUCUCCUUGCUGUGAUCACCAAUUCCCUCGACGCGGGGUUGGAAGCGACGACGGAUGAUCCCCUAGUUACCCAAGAUGAUGUAGCUAUCGACUGGUUACGAACUGGCGUAGAUCAAGCCGUCCAUGCGACUUUGGUGGUUUUUCAAGCUCUGGACUACAUGUCUGGCGCGUUAGUCAACCCGAAGAUCGUCGGCAGGUGGUUCUCGAUGAUGAAGGUUCACUGCUUUUUUGAGCAGCUCUUGACGUCAGAUGCAGUCGCACAAGAACUACAAGCUGCAUUACAAACGGUCACUUGCGCCGUAUCCUUGAUAUUACUUAGCCCCACUAAGGCGCUUCGCCAUGUGAACCCAGACGGCGAGACUCCGAGCGAGGAUAUACUCUACCUCUCGUUCCCCCAGGUUAUGGAGGACAUUCACAUCACAAUAGAGGCUGCAUCAAGCCUUGACGCAGCCGCAGCAUACCCUACGAUCUUCGUGUGGAGUAUCAUUCUGUUCCAGCUGCACCUAUCCCUAAUCGAUAGGUCUGAAAGGCGCGAUGUCCUGCUGCAGCAAAAGUCUGCGGAGCUUAUUCAAGAUAACCCUAUACGUCCUGGCACUGCCCGGCGUUCCUCGGUCGGGAGCAUCAUUUCCAUCGACGAGCUUCCGCGUGACGUCUUCCUGCGAUCUGCUGGACUUGACAAGGAAAGCCAAGCCAUCGAAGUUCUUGCAAACCAAACAACGUCGAAUGGAGCUGCGUUCACUGUCAUCGACCAGAUGGCGACUUCCAGCGAGAAAUCCUUCCCGGCCUUGCAGAGUUCGCGAGUCAGAACCGUCUUCCUCGAGUUCUUCAACUGGACCCAGCCCGUUGUACCCUACCAGGCUGAUCCGGUUGUUGCACUAGUCGACAAUCUCUCUGGAGGUGCAUCCUAUUGGGAAAUGUCACCGCGGCAAGCCGUUACUUCGAACACCGAUAUUCUCGCUAGCGCCCUAAACAACGAGUUAUUCCUGGACAACUAUCUCUACACGUCUCUCAACCGGUUUCCUUUCGAGUUUUCUCCCUUCCUCCACAUCUGCUCGGCGCUCGGUAAAUGCACGACCUUACUUGAUGGCGCCGGCUCCGACGAGGUCCUCAGCAUACUUCGACGAACCUCUACGCUCACCUUCAACCUCCCGGAUUACUUCCAGGCAUAUGAGCUCGUCUUCGAAGACGAAAACACCAACUCAUUCCGCAUCCUAGAGCCGCUACCUCUGUUCAUGCCUCGUGGCCGUAGCAGGAGGCACGUCGCAGUCGAUGACUUCUGCAUCCCGGCUGGCACACACGGCCGCUUCGUGACGGACUCUGGUCGUGUCGUGCAGCUGGACUAUGAGUAUUCGCCGCUUGCGCUCCUAGGAAGCAGCCUCCAGAUAUCGCUCUCUCAGGGUGAUUAUCGGCUGUUCCUAAGCGGGACGGCCCAGAAUGAGGUCGCGGAGAGCAUCGGCCUUCUCGCCAUUCUUGUGCGCGCCCAGUGCCUAAAGGCGUCCCUCACUGGAGCAGCAGACCAGCAUCAAUCUGCGAUAGAAAUUCUCGAGGAAGCCAGCAAGAGUAUCGAUAAUAGCAAGGAUAUAAUAUCGGUCAUCUGUGAUAUCCUAGACUCGUCUAUGCAGGACGAUUCCGCCAUGGGUGAUGACCAGGAUCUGGCGGUCCUAACAUCGUGUAUCCAGUUCCUCCAUGCGACGCUCCCCGUCUACCCGAGCCGUAUCCUCUCGUACAUGGCGCGCUGUGAUCUCCUCAGCUCGGAUUCACGCGCGGGUAGGCUGGCUAGGCUCACCGGAAGUUUGGACAUGGCCGACAAUCAGUUUGAUUUCCUUGUCUCCACCGUUCGUCUCCUAUCUGCUGUCGUCGAUACCAUCAUGAGCAGCAGCGUCCAGAGAAAAUGCGGGAACAAGCUCAAGGCCCGGUUACGCGUUGAGACAGACAGCUGGCUCGGGACGUCGGAGAAAACACUCAGCAGGUUAGGCCAAUCCAUUGCCGUGGCAGCCGUUGAUGUUUUCGAGAACUGGUCUACCUGGAAGCUGAGGUCGGACACAUCUUAUACUGUCCUGUUAAAGGAGGUGGUGCCGCUGAUGAAGAACCUCAUCCUCUACGCUUACGGACUAGACGACUUGGAAGGCUCUUCUCGACCUACAGAGUGUCUUGAGGCAGGUGCCGAAUACAUCAUUGAUAGUUUCCUCUCGCCCUCAGCCGGCUCACUCCGCUUCAGACCUCUGCAGUCAACAUUAUAUAUGGGAUUCCAGUACCGGCCCUCGACCCUCUUCCACUCGAGAACUAUAGCCCUCCAGAGCCAAGUUUCCGCCGUCUUGGACUUUAGCACGAUUCUUCUAAGAGUCGCCAACAUUUAUACCCGGCCUGUCGGAACAUUCGAGUCCCAUCUGUUCAAGAGCUCUGGUCUACUUGCGAGACUGGUGGCCGUCAACGGAUACUUCCAGCGUCCAACACUUCUUCUCAUCACUGCCUUGGUCGAGAGUGCUGGUCGAGGAACGGACGAGCCGCCCUCCCUCCUCGGAUAUCUUGGGCCCCAAGUCGCAAAGUCGUUUUUGGAUGACCUCUCAAAGAUAGGACGGCCGUUCUCGACGCCUUCGGAAGUAACCACAAUCUGGAAGUUUUUCUCGUCGAUUAUCCGAAACAGGCAGCAGUGGAUGUCCAACUGCCUCAUCUCCGGUAAGACGCCCCGGGAGGUUUCCGAAUCUUCCAAGGCCAAAGAUUUUGCAUCGGAAUCGGUCUUUUCGACUGCGCUCGGAAUGAUUAAAAACCUCGGCACUGUAUCAUCGCGACUUAAGGUGCUCGGUAUCCUCGACUUCAUCACAUCAGCUCAGAACUAUUGGCCCUGGACGGUAUUUACGAUUCUCAAAGACCCAGCGUGUCUCGAUGGCUUACGCACCCGCAUUCGUGGCAUGUCUCCUUCGGCCGUAACCGCCAAAUCCGACCCUCUAGCUGCAGCGUACGACGCAAAGGAGGCGGCCUACAUCGCCGAAGCUUUCGCGAUGCAGCUCUACCACCUCCGCCACAUGGGCGGUGCCAAGGCAACUGCGGAGAAUCUCCUAAAAGACCUGGAUUAUUACCUUCGAGACGGCGCGCUCAUCGCUGGCUACAAUGGAUCUCUGCACGCGAACUUCCGAAAGAACUUUGCGACUAAGUACCCGACGUGCUCAGUUGAGAAGUUUAAGCGCACGAUGCUUGAACCUAGAGAUUUGGGUGACAAUUAUUACUACAAUUUGACGCGGGCUGAUGAGAUGCUUCGGUUUGAUCCUGGAUGGCGCGGACCUAAGGGUAAUGGUUUCAAGAAGGAGAUGGAGCGGGCGAAUCUGAACCUCUCUCUUGUCGACGCCCAAAUAUCUCUGUACCACGCGUGGGAGUUCCUCCUGCUAGAACUGAACAGCGCUCUACCAGGCAACGAAAUCGUCGCGCGAUAUAUGCAGCAAGUCGCGCUUCAAUGCCUGGAGGCCAAUCGUGAAGGCCAAGGUCCUGAGAACAUCUUUGUUAGAAUCAUCGAGUCUCGAUCAAACUUUGCCUUGAUGCUCAUCCAGGGGCUUAUUGGGGUGAAGAUUGCUCCGCAGGAUGUGAACCAAUUAAUCGGAGCGCUCUAUAGCGCCAUCGCUUCGAUCGAAGAGCCAUUCGAGAAGGAAUCAGCACCCCUUUAUCGCACUCUCCUCAAGGCGCUGUACAUCGUCUUGAAAUCUCAUGCCGGACAAACAAGUGCGACUGGAUCAGGCAGUGGUGACGAGAGCAUAUCUGGCGACACGUUGGUUUCGAGGAUACAGAUGAUGCUGGAUAUUCUUGACAGGGUUGUCGGCAAGGGAUUCCGCACGCUUGUCACCCUCAUACAUGACAAGAACACCGCGGUCUCUCCAGAAGACCUAGGUCUUAUCACCGCUGUGCUCCAAGCCUGCCUCGCCCUUCCAGACAUGAAUCAGCAGCAGACUCAGGUUCUCAACAUCAUUGCAGCGCACGACGCCAUGCACGUAGCCUGCUCGCUCUUCUCGUGGUCCGACAAGAUCACCGACAACGGCGACCCCGUCUACGGCGAACUGAGCCUCCUCUUCCUCCUCGAGCUAUCCAAGCUCCCCAUGGUGGCGGAGCAACUAGCCUGCAACGGCGUCAUCAGCCAGCUCACCUCGGCCAACCUCACGCGGUUCAUGAGACGCGGAGUAAUCUCCCCGUUCGCCGAUAACGUCGGCGCGCAGCGGUGCUACAGCGUCUGGGCCAAGGCCAUGCUCCCCUUACUACUCAACCUGCUCACGGCCAUGGGCACCACGGUGGCUCCCGAGGUCAGCUACGUGCUCAACCAGUUCCCGUCGCUCCUCAAAUCCAGCGUCGAGCGCUUCGAGGCCCCCGGGACGAGCCGCACCGCGUCCAAGGAGGCGAAGCACUACGUCACGCUGCUCACGGCGAUGGAGAUCCAUUCGCUGGCGAUAUUAACCCGCGUCCUCGGAGCGUUGAGGCAGAAUAACAAUCGCGACAUCCCCGAGGUGCGUUGGGACGGCGCCUCGCUGUUGGAGUACGUCGAGUUUUGGCUCAGUAGUAGGCGGUUGCUGAGGGAGAGGCUGCUGCCGCUGGGUCAGAGGGAGGUGGAGUGGAAGAGUAUGAAGUCGACGGCGGCGGCGGCUAAUGGCGUGACGGACGGAUGGGAGAGUGUGCUGGAGGAGAAGGUGGUGGUGCAGUUAGAGGCUGUUAGGGAUGUGCUGGUUGAGGAGGCUUGA